AUGGCUUUUACAUGUUCAGAUAUCUUCAAGAUCAUCAUUGCAAUCAUCUUGCCUCCAUUGGGAGUGUUCCUUGAAAGAGGAUGUGCCUCGUCGUUCUGGAUAAAUAUCGUUUUGACGAUUUUGGGUUAUAUUCCAGGUAUUAUCCACGCGUUGUACGUGAUAUUGAAGUAUUGA